GUUGUCUUUACUGUCGUGGCCUUUCUCAACUCGGAUGUGAUUUCGUACAAGGAACCGGUGUGACAUUCACGCUGACAUCCAGCGGGGGAGUUGUGUCUGGAAGAUUUUGUUUUCAUUUUUACACACAUUUAACAGGCAAUUUCAGAUUUAUUUAUUUAUUUUUUUUUAAAAAGAACCCGAUUGCUAAAAUGCAUGUGCUGAAAGCGGGAGUGCUUCUGGGUCGACUGCACCUGAAAAGCACCUGCCCUUUAACUGUAAGAAAGGUGUUGAUAAACAGCUGCAGAGCUUGUUCUUCAGGUAUCAUACCCAACGAGCUAAUCAGGAAUAUCGGAAUCUCGGCUCACAUCGACUCCGGGAAAACCACACUCACAGAGCGGAUUCUGUACUACACCGGCAGAAUAGCACAAAUGCAUGAGGUAAAGGGAAAAGAUGGGGUUGGGGCCAUAAUGGAUUCAAUGGAACUUGAACGACAACGAGGUAUCACAAUCCAGUCUGCUGCUACUUACACCAUGUGGAAAGGAACCAACAUUAACAUCAUCGAUACACCAGGUCACGUUGAUUUCACUAUUGAGGUGGAGAGGUCCCUGAGAGUGCUGGACGGAGCUGUGCUGGUGCUGUGUGCGGUCGGAGGAGUGCAGUGUCAGACCAUGACAGUAAACCGACAGAUGAAGCGCUACAAUGUCCCCUGCUUGACGUUUAUUAAUAAGCUAGACAGACUGGGAGCUAAUCCGACCAGAGCUUUGCAGCAGAUGAGAACCAAACUGAACCACAAUGCUGCCUUUCUCCAAAUACCCAUUGGUCUCGAGGGGAAUUUAAAAGGAAUUAUAGAUCUCAUUGAAGAACGAACCAUGUACUUUGAAGGGCCAUUUGGUCAGAACAUUAGAUAUGAUGAAAUCCCAGCGGAGUUCAGAUCCGAAGCCACAGACAGGCGUCGGGAGCUGGUGGAGUGUGUCGCCAAUGCAGACGAGCAGCUGGGAGAGAUGUUUCUGGAGGAAAAGGUCCCCACAGUUGCAGACUUGAAGGCUGCAAUCAGGAGAGCUACUGUGCAGCGCUGCUUCACCCCUGUGCUCAUAGGAAGUGCUUUGAAAAACAAAGGAGUUCAACCCCUGCUGGAUGCUGCCUUGGAUUACCUGCCCAACCCAACAGAAGUCCAGAACUUUGCAAUUGAAAACCAGGGGGAAUCAAACGAGGUCACUAAAAUUUUAAUGGACCCCACAAGAGAUGACUCUCAGCCUUUUGUGGGCUUGGCUUUUAAAUUGGAGGCUGGCCGGUUUGGGCAACUCACAUAUGUGCGAGUCUAUCAGGGAGCUCUGAAGAAGAGUGAAUAUAUCUACAACACCAGGACUGGGAAGAGGGUCCGAGUGCAGCGCCUGGUCCGGCUUCACGCAGAUCAGCUGGUGGAUGUAGAAGAAGUGUAUGCUGGGGAUAUCUGUGCCUUGUUCGGAAUCGACUGUGCCAGUGGGGAUACCUUUACAGCACGGAGCAGUGCCAAUCUCUCCAUGGAGUCGAUACACGUCCCGGAUCCAGUUAUAUCAGUAGCUAUGAAACCUGCCAACAAGAAUGACUUGGAUAAAUUUUCCAAAGGAAUUAACCGCUUUACAAGAGAAGACCCUACUUUUAGAGUCCACUACGAUACUGAGAGUAAAGAAACCAUCAUAUCAGGAAUGGGAGAGCUGCAUCUAGAAAUCUACGCCCAGAGAAUGGAAAGAGAAUACAACUGUGCUUGUGUCAUGGGAAAGCCUAAAGUAGCCUUCAGAGAAUCGAUUGGUGCCCCUGAACCGUUUGAUUUCACCCACAAGAAGCAGUCGGGCGGGUCUGGACAGUAUGGCAAAGUCGUUGGGGUGCUGGAACCUCUGGAUGCCGAGAGCUACACAAAAGUGGAAUUUGUAGACCAGACAAUUGGUACAAAUAUACCAAAGCAGUUUGUGCCUGCAAUCGAAAGGGGUUUCCGUGAAGCCUGUGAGAAAGGGCCCCUGACCGGGCACAAGAUCUCUGGGGUACGCUUUAUCCUGGAGGACGGGGCACACCACAUGGUGGACUCCAAUGAAAUCUCCUUCAUCAGAGCUGGAGAGGGCGCUCUGAAACAGGCUAUGGAGAAGGCCACAGUGAGUGUUUUGGAGCCCAUCAUGUCAGUGGAAGUAGUGGCUCCGAACGAGUUCCAGGGAGCUGUGAUUGCCGGAAUCAACCGUCGCCAUGGUGUCAUCAGUGGGCAGGAUGGAGCAGAGGGCUACUUCACUCUGUAUGCAGAUGUUCCAUUGAAUGACAUGUUUGGGUAUGCCACUGAAUUAAGAUCAAACACAGAGGGUAAAGGUGAAUACACAAUGGAUUAUAGUAGAUAUCAGCCAUGCCUUCCCAGCACACAAGAAGAACUCAUCAACAAAUAUCUGGAAUCUACAGGUCAGCUCCCUGCUAAGAAAGGCAAAGCCAAGAACUAAACCUACGGAUUUAUAUUCACUUCACCAGAUUAAAAAACAAAAAAGAAAUACACUGAACUGGAUUCACAGUCAAUGACUGACAUUUUUAGAAACUGUUACUUAUAAAGAUCUUUUUUAUGAAGCCUCAGAGAAACAUUUGGGAAGCAACUUCAAGCAGCAGUGGAAAUCGUGGAUAAAAAGUGUGAAUACUGUAAUGGAAUUUAUUUUCUUUGACUUAAAGGGAUUUCCUGCAAAACUGCCCCUUGUACUAUAAUUUAUUUUAUUAAUGUUGACAAAAUACAGGCUUGAAAAAAUGUCUUUGAAAAAAUAAAUAGUAGGAAUACUGGUAAUGUACCAUGUGCAAUAUAAAAUAACUUAUAGCUUUGAACAAUGUAAAGACUUCCUCAAGUUAGUUUUGUGUCGUUCUGUCUCAUCCCCCCCCCUCCCCAUAUCUAAAAGUUUAAACUUGCUUUAAAGACUGGUUCCUUACCUCCAGGGCUGCUUUCUCCGUAUCAUCCAAAUGAAGGACACUGUUCAAGGACCCGCUCUGGUGGUUAAGAGCUGCGUCUGCAGUCUCCAAUGAGUUCUGGUUGGUUUUGAGUGUGGGGUGUCCAUUGACAAGGGGAACAAGCCCAGUACAAUCCACAGAGUCCAACGCAUCUUUGGUAUGGAGACUGUUGCAACAGCAGCAGAAGAAAUCGCAGCACAAGAAUCCUGUGCCUUUUGUAGAAUCUAAAGUAACUUGCGUCAGAGCUCCAGAUUCUUCCCAGACUUAGGAGUGAAGACAAGGAAAACUGACAAGUUCCAGACCUCCUCAAAUUAAAAUACUUGUACCACUGGCUGCUUGACUGUGCUUUUCUGUCUGUAUAUAAUGUUUUCCAGGACUGGCAUGUGCUCUUGGCUUUUGUUGUAUUACUAUUUUGUAAGAAGUGUAACUUCCUGCUGAGUUGGAGUCAAGGUUUGUGUCUAGAUGUCUGAUCUUUCCUGUUUAUUUUCUUUUCCAGCUACUUUAGGAAUAUGCAGUUCAGUGACCUUGAAAAAUUCUUAGCUGCAACUUUUUAAUUUUCCUUUCCUACAGUAUUAACGUCAACAUGUGACGCAAAUGACUGCACUCAGAAAGCAUUCGGUCACAUUUUCUAAGAGGUAUUACUGUACAAAUUGAGAAAUUUGUAAGCUCUAGUUUGAAUAUGUAAUGUCUUUUGACUGGUUGUUUAACAUUUCAAAGGGAAUCUGAAAUGUCUGACAGCAGCUGAAGUGUGUCUCUCUUCCAAUCACUUUAGUUUUACGGGAUAUUUCACAUUAUUAAAAUAAAACAAGAAAGUCGGCAACUAGUCCUAUGUUGUCAGCAUGUGGAAAAUGUGGAUCUGGCUAUCCUGUUUAAAGACGUAGUACCCCCCAUAAGGGUUUAGCAUAGUUUGUACAAAUGUCCAACACUAAAAAUCAGAGCUCUUGCACUAUUAAUAUUAUUAAAAUUAUCUCUGCAUUACAAAAGCAUUCCAGAACAAACCAAAUAGGUUAGAGUGCAUCAA